GCAGUCUUGAGAUUUUAUCAGUGUAUAUUUUCCAUGUGCACUGACGAUACAACCUAAUGUCUCAUUUUCCUGUAUGGACUUCAAAAUACUGCAAUGAACUGAAUAUUGUAAUUGGAAAAACAAUUACAAAGAUAAGCGAUUUUCGCGCGAGGAUGUACUCAGAAUGUAUUUAAACAAUUCCACAGAGGAUGCUAACAUCACAAACACGCCAAAAACCUCUCCACAUUCGGAGGUCGCCGUGGCAUUCAUUAUCUUUGUGGUCAUUGUCAUUAUUUUGGUUACGAUUGUGGGUAACGUGUUGGUCAUAGUGGCUGUUUUAACGAGCCGUGCGCUUCGCGCACCGCAGAAUCUCUUCUUAGUUUCUCUGGCCUCAGCGGACAUCCUUGUGGCCACUCUGGUGAUACCAUUCUCUCUUGCCAACGAGGUCAUGGGGUACUGGUACUUUGGCAGCACCUGGUGCGCCUUUUACCUGGCUUUAGAUGUUCUAUUUUGUACUUCGUCCAUAGUUCACCUGUGCGCAAUCAGCCUCGACCGAUACUGGUCCGUCACUAAAGCUGUCAGUUACAAUCUGAAAAGGACACCGAAGCGCAUCAAAUCUAUGAUUGCAGUGGUUUGGGUAAUAUCGGCAGUAAUAUCUUUCCCACCCUUAAUCAUGACCAAACACAACGAAACGGAAUGUCUUAUAAACGACGAGACAUGGUAUAUUCUCUCUUCUUGUGUUGUGUCUUUUUUCGCACCUGGCUUUAUAAUGAUAACUGUAUAUUGUAAAAUAUAUAGAGUCGCCAAACAGCGCUCAUCCACUGUUUUUGUUGCUAAAAACGGACUGGAGCGAGAGCCCUCGCAAUCGGAGACGUAUUUUGUCCGAAAGGAUAAGUUUGAGAUGGAGAGCCCAAGCAGCCAUAGCUCCGGGAGCAACCAGCGUCAGGAGGAGUUGGACGACAUCGACCUCGAGGAGAGUUGUGUGUCAGACAACAAACCCAGAAACUCUCGGAAGGGAGAGGUUUCGGACUGCUGUCCGAAGCAGAACUGCCGCGUCUCAUGGGCCUCCAACCGCGCCUCGCAACUUUUUCAGGACCAGAAAAAUAAACAGUUAACGGUGUCAAAAACGAAGGUGGCUCAGAUGCGGGAGAAACGAUUCACCUUCGUCCUUGCUGUUGUGAUGGGGGUCUUUGUACUCUGCUGGUUCCCCUUUUUCUUCACCUACAGUCUUCAGGCUAUUUGUGGAGAAAAAUGCACUGCUCCUGAAGGGCUGUUUAAAUUAUUCUUUUGGAUAGGAUACUGCAAUAGCUCCGUGAACCCUAUUAUUUACACAAUUUUCAACAGGGACUUCAGAAAGGCAUUCAAGAAAAUUGUUUGUCAGACAACUAAACGCACAUGA